AUGAGGAAACUAAGUUAUCGCUCUGCAGAAGAUAGGAUGGUCAACUUGGGGAAUCCUAGAGAGCCAACAGAUGUGGGCAUCAUCUCAGCUGGACUGGAUCUCAAAAUCUUCACCCUCUUGGCCCCUCAUCAGGUGUUCCAGAGACGUCAGGAUGGCUCUGUGAAUUUCUAUCAAUCCUGGGCAACCUACAAGGCUGGCUUUGGGAGCCAGGAGUCUGAAUUCUGGCUUGGAAAUGAGAACCUCUACCAGCUUACCCGUGAAGGCCCCAAAGAACUUCGAGUGGAGCUAGAAGACUUCAAUGGUACCCAAACCUUCGCCCACUACCAGGGCUUCAGGAUCCUGAGCGAGGCUGACAAAUAUCAACUGGUUCUUGAUAAGUUCCUGGAGGGUAAUGCCGGAGAUUCCCUGACUCUUCAUGGUGGAAGGGCCUUCUCCACCUAUGAUGCCGAUAAUGACACCUCAACUGGGAACUGUGCAAUCAUUGUAAAAGGGGCCUGGUGGUAUGUGGCCUGCUAUAGAUCCAACCUCAAUGGGCUCUAUGCAAGCACUGAGGCAAAGGCAUAUAAGUAUGGUAUUGACUGGGCCACUGGGCGGGGAGUGGGCCAUCCCUAUCGGCGAACCUUAAUGAUGCUCCGAUAGGCAUGAGCAACUCCUGAAGGAUCCUAGGUGACCUUCGGCAAGUCAUUUCUCCUCUUCAGGUCUUAUUUUUAGAAUCUGAUCUCUAAAGUCCCUCUAACUCUGACACUUCAUAUUUUUAAGUCCCUUCUCAUAUUGUUUUGUAUUCCUAGAGUGCUAACAUCUCUAAUAUUUUAUGUCCUAAUAGUCUCAGCUCAUGGUGAAGUCAGGAAGCAUUCAUUAAUCACUUACUAUGUGCCAAGAACUGGGGAUACAUACAAGGAAAAAAACCUGGCACCUCUUGGGGCUUAUUUUCUAAUGAAAGAAGUCAAUAUAUAAGAGAAAAAUAGAAAAGCAAGACAGAAGUAGUGGGUUCGGAAAAAGGUUCCCACCCUCAGGCAGGAUGAUGAAGACCAGAGAAUGAAUCCUUCCUCAAAAUGGCAGUUCUGAGAAGGAUUCAGCAGUGGGAGAAGGGAGUCACACUUCUUUAAUAUUUUAUGUUCUUGGAGCAGUUAGGUGACUCAAGGGAUAGAGAACCAGGUUUCAAAUCUGGCCUCAGAUAUUUCCUAGUGUAAGGUUUAAAAUAAGGGUUUUGACAAAAUAAGAGAGCAGCUUUUAAUAAUUUAAGUUUUCAUGAGAAUAUAGUAGAGUUGUAAAUUAAUAUUAUCCCUUUAAGCCAGAGAAAAGAAAACUCCUAGCACUUUUAACAAUUAGCAAUUUUGUUUAAUUAAAAUAGAUAUAGUAAAAGAAUAUAGUAAAAUGAAUAAAGGAGAGAAAUAUAUGAAAGAGGUAGAGAAAGAAAAAUGUCCUAAUGUCUAUACUAAUUACCCUAUAAUUAUAUAUAACUGCCUAUAACUAACACUAAUAACAACCACCCCAAAAAGUUCCAACCCAAUCCAGCCCAAUCAAAACCAACCCAAUCAGUGUUUAAUCCAACCCCAAGGUCUGUCAACGAAGACCAGUCACCUUCCAAAAAGUUCAAGGAAGGGAAAAAAUCCUAACAGCCCAAACCAAAAGCCAAAAACCCAAAAGGCAAAAAGCCCUCUAAGGCUAAAGCCAAAAGUGCUCUCAGUAAACUCAGGCCCGCCUUUAUAUUCCAGCAACUAACCCCCAACCACCAACUAAUCACCAACCUACAUCACUAGCAAUCAACUCCCAACAGCCAAUUUCCCACAGCUCCUAGCCCUGACUAUCAGUAACUGACAGCCCUAAUUGUCAGCAACCGACAGGUCAACCAACUCACUGACUGGGCCCCUUUUAUAACCUUCUCCUACCUCCUUUUCUGUCUCUAUAGUUUCUCCUUCCUGUUUCUAUGGUUUCUACUUCCUGUCACUGUGGGUUGGUUAAUCCCUACACAUCUCUAUGGUAAAAGGAUCUCUAGGUUCCCUGUUAAAUUAGAGAAAGGGAUUAAGAAUUCCAUUUUGACAAUAGCUGUGUGACCCUGGGAAGUCAUUUAACCCCAACUGCCUAGUCUUUACCACUCUUCUGCCUUGGAACCAAUACUUAGUAGCAAUUCUAAAACAGAAGGUAAGGGUUUUUAAAAAACUAAAAACAUAUUAUGUUCUAAGUUACUUACCAGUUGUAUCAUUCUAGGUCCCUUCUGAUUCUCACAUUCUCUAAGUGUUUUUCUGGUUCUAAUGUUAAGUGGGUCCUAGGUUUUUUUGUGAUUUCUGUUUCCUUUCAGACCUUCUAUCUCCAUAAGCCCAAUACCAACCUCUGGCCCCCAGGCAACUGUACCAACUACCAUGUCCUAUGGCAAAAAAUAAAAUCAUUGUUAAACCUU